AUCCCACGCCUGGCAUGCACCCAUGAAACCCAGCUUUCUUGACGUUUGCUGGUUGGUGAUGGCAAUUCGUCGAGGAUGUGUUAAUGUGCCGAAAGUCUGCGUCCAGCCUGCAAAAUACACCGAUCUCGCCUCCACAGCAAACCACUCCAGGCGACAACCUAGACGUGGUGGCUUGCACCAAGCUCGGCGAUCCCCCGGAAGAACCACGGGCCACUGACGACAGCAAAUGUGUGCUCGCCACCACCAAGCGAAGUCAUCGUCGCUACAAUUAUAACUGUGGUGUUCGGUACCGACACUUUUGGGUUACAGAAUAGAAGUCUGUCUCCAAACCUAAUGCAGCUUUAGUGGGGGUAUUUUUUGGUUCCAGUCACAGGAAAGGGGCGAGAUGGGACAGCAGCAGGCGGAUUUUCAGCUUUUUGCUGACGUGGGCCUGACCUCAACGUCUAGUUAUUCUCGAUUAUGUACGCGGGAGCCCAGUGAGGCGGCAGGCUGUCGAAGGCAUGAAGAAAUGGAGGGUUCAGCCUCUGCGAAGCGAGAAGUGGUCUGAUUCUCCCCAGAAAAUAAAGAUCCAAGAUGGAUAUGAUAAUAUCACUGGCUAUCUAAGGGCAAUUGUCCAGACAGGCAUCAGUGGGGGUUGGAGAAGGAGGGGGGGGGGCUACACUACACUGCACACCCCCACGGAAUAUUGCGAAGUCGGCAGGGAGGGUGGGCACGCCAGGCGCCGAGUGCAUGGCACUCUCCGCCGGGAUGACAGCAGGUAUGCUCUAAAGAUAUGGACCAGGGGUGACCUGGGGAGCAUUUGCGAUUUGCUAAGCGAGAACCCAGUAGCGAUAGUGGGAGCACGAGUACAUGCGGUGACACCCCGUCCCACACGACUCGCCGUUAGUGAGGUACAUCUGAAUGUAGUAGGAAUCCCCGAUCCGGUAAUCUAUGCAAAGAAAUUUAAAGUUUGACUGAUGUCUGAUAUGCAUCAUGCACACACUUGGUAAAAAAGUUUUCCAAAUACAUGCUCGUAACGAAUUCUAAUUGUUUGGUGUGCGUUUUAGUUAACCUAGUAAAUAC